AUGUCAGAAGUUUAUAGUAUUGAACCGAAAACAUCAGGAAAAGUAAUUAUAUAUACUAGUUUGGGCGAAUUAGAAGUUUUACUUUUUAGCAAUGAAUGCCCAAUAGCUUGUAAAAAUUUUAUUCAAUUAUGUUUAAAUAAUUAUUAUAAUAAAAAUAAAUUUUUUCGAGUUAUACCAAAAUUUUUAAUUCAAACUGGAGAUCACACAAAUACUGGAUUACAUAAUGAAUAUGCUUUUAAAGAACCAUUUCAAAAUGAAUACAAUAGUAGGCUAAAAUUUCUAUACUGUGGGUGUUUAUCUUUUGCUAAUUUAAAUAUAGACAAACCAUCUAAUGGUAGUCAAUUUUUUAUUACACUAGAUAAGGUAGAAUAUUUAAAUAAUAAAAGUACAUUGUUUGGGAAAGUAGCAAAACACAGUAUUUAUAAUUUACUAAAAUUUAACAACAUAAAAACUAAUAAAAAUGAUGAACCCAUAGAGGAUAUUCCAUAUAUUGAAUAUAUAAAAAUUAUUGAAAAUCCGUUUCACCAUUUGGUUCCAUAUAUUAAUUAUGAAGACAAUUUAAAAGACAAUAAAUCAAAUACAAAAUAUGAAGAUUUAAAAAGAAAAGAAAAAAAGCAACUAAAAUAUAAUCUACUAUCAUUUAAUUACAAUAUCAGUGGUGUAGACGAAGGAUCUGAAAAUGAAGAAGAAGAAAAUGAAAAGGAGAAAAGCGGAGAAGAAAAAGAGAAAAAGGAGGAAAAUGAAGAAAAGAUAAACAAAGAGAAAAAUAAAGAAGAAAAGAAUGAAAAAGAGAAAAUUAAUAAAAAAAAAGAAACAGGAAAAAAAAAAGAAGAAAAAAAUGAAGAGGAGAAAAGUAUUGAUAAAAAAAGUUUAGAUAACACAAGUUCAAAAUAUGAAAUUGAAAUUAAAAAAAAUAAUAAAGCAAAUGACUUUAGCAGGCAUAGUAAUGAAUUAAAAAAAAUAAAUGCCAAUCAAUUUGAUACAAAAAAUGAAAAUGAUAAUCCAUCGUUGAUAAAUAAAAAAAAAGAUGAAGAGUCAAAAAUAGAAAAAAUUAAUAUAUUAAAAAAAAGGACAAACACUAUAGAAGCAGCAUGCAAUAAGAAAAAUAAAAAUCCAAGAAGUAUAAAUGAACUUGCUGAUUUAAAUGAAGUAUAUUUAAAGAAUAUGAAAAAAUAUAAAAAAAUGUCUAAAACAGAAAGAGAAAAAUUGUCUUUAAAAAAAUUAGAAGAGUUUGAUAACAGAUUAAAAGGUCUUUUUUUAAACAGCGAAAAAAACAAUGAGUCUAUGAAUCAUGAUUGGUUAAAUACUGAUGGAUUAAAAUUUUAUGUAGAUUCUUUAAAUGCUUAUGAAUAUGAAGACAUUAAAAAAAAUGUGGUAGAUUCAUUGGAAACUGAGAAAAAAAAAAGUUAUGACUCUGAAUUUAAUAUGCGAAAAUAUAUAAAACAAAAGAAUGAAGAUAAAGAACUUUUUAAAUAG